AUGGCCGACAGCGACAGCGCUGGCGAGCUGUUCGAAGGCGCCUUCGCGAAAUGCCGAGACGAGCUUGACCUGUCACUCUUUGCAACAUGGCUCAGCAUUGGUGUCGCUGGUGCAUUUGGCGUGCUCUCGUUGGUAGAGCUGGGUUAUCUGAUGCGCAGACCAACAAUCGUGCGCGCUCCAGCCUUGCUCUUGGUAUCUAAACUGAUAUUUGGCAUUGCCUGGGCAGCAUUCACUAUUUUCUCCCUGGCGAUAACCGCCACGGAUCUGACUGGACCGUCAAAAUGCUCAUCAGCACAAAGUAUCCUGAACGUCAUCUCCUUAUGCCUAGCAGUGAUCCUGUCGCUGUGUGCCCAUUUCAAGUCGCGUCGCCCAUCUACUCUGCUCUGCUCGUUUCUGUUCGUUUCUCUCCUGACAAACGUUGCCAAAUGCCAACUUCUCUGGACGGUUGCUACCGAAACCCAGACAAGGAAGAUUUCUGCCCUAUUCACAGCAUCAGUUGUCAUGCAGAUGUGCUUUUUGGGCACGAACUCCAAGUGGCAGCCGGAUUGGCUCUCUUGGGAUACUGAUGCUCAUAGCCCAGAGGAGACAAGCAGCAUCUUCAGCCUUGGGUUAUACUCUUGGCUCAACUCACUUCUAUGGAAGGGAUAUCGCAAUGUGCUGUCUUUGGACGAUUUAUAUCCCCUCGAUCAAGCCAUCGCGGCCGGGCUCCCUGAAAAGGCUACGGAGGACCAGAUCCCGCAAUCAACCAAGCGACAGGGCAAUUGGGCAGUGCUCAUGUGGGCAGCCAAACCUCUUGCUAAGCCGCUUUUACUACCUGUCAUUCCAAGGAUUUGUUUAAUUGGCUUUACGUUUUGUCAGCCUUUUCUGAUUAACCGUCUGCUUGAAUAUCUCGCCCACGAUGACGAAAAUGGCUCAGAGCACGAUGCGGCUGGUCUCGUGGGCGCAACAAUCUUGGUCUAUCGCGGCAUUGCCAUCUCAACCUCUCUAUAUUGGUACUACCAGGAACGCUCCCAGUCGCUCUUGAGAGCAUUUCUUGUUACCUCAAUCUACCAAAAGGCAACUCAGGCAACUUCGUCUGAAAACAAGGCAGCAAUCACUUUGAUGAGCACUGAUGUGGAUCGAAUAUACACCGGAGUACGUUUUGUUCACGAAAUCUGGGCAAACAUAAUUCAGAUUGCUCUUUCAGCCUGGCACCUGUACCGUGUGAUCGGUUUGUCUUUCCUUGCACCGUUGAUACUGGUUGCCUUCGCCUUUGCAACCUCCAUUGUCUUGUCAAAGUACGCUACCAACUAUCAGCGAAAUUGGAUGAAAUUCGUCGAGAAGCGUAUCGGGUACAGGAUUUCAGGAAUGGCCUCUCCAGUCCAGAACCUGGUUCAAGAGGAGCGUGUGGAAGAAAUCCGCCAAGGUGGGAAGUCUCGAGGAAUCAUCGGAAUCUCUGCUACGACCUCCUACAUUCCUCAGGCACUGGCACCGGUGUUAACAUUUGCUUUUGGAUCGAAGGCUAUCGACAGCACCAAGGCCUUUACGACUUUGUCAUUCCUGUCGCUUCUUGCUUCACCGCUAAUGCUUGUCCUCCAAGUGAUCCCAAUUCUCUCGGCUUGUUUUGCUUGUCUGAGGCGGAUUCGUGAAUUCACUUUGACUCCAAACAGACAGGACCCUCGACUAGCAAAAGGACAAUUGGUCACAUCCCUUGACGAGCAAUCUUCAAGGAAGGAAAUGAGUUUGGACGCAGCGAUUAUUCUUUCAGGCACUAGUUUCGGCUGGGUUGCUGAGACGCCUGUUUUGAAAGAUAUCAACGUCUCCAUUGAGAGGUCAUCGCUCACGUUUGUCAUUGGCACAGUUGCUUCCGGGAAGUCUACUCUCUGCAAAGGCAUACUGGGGGAAGUGCCUUUCUGCACUGGCCAGAUCAUGGUUGACGCCGCUGCCGACAAGAUUGGGUACUGUGACCAAAGCCCUUUCCUCAUGAAUGCAACUGUCAUGGAGAACAUUGUCGGAAAAUCGUCCUUCGACUCACAGAGAUAUGAUGACGUGAUAUCAGCAACAAUGCUGGAGGAGGACCUGAAGACGUUUUCCCAAAAAGACCAGACCAAAAUUGGCAGUAAGGGCGUCUCACUGAGCGGAGGCCAACGGCAACGUAUCUCGCUGGCUCGUGCUCUUUACCACGAUGCUGAGCUUUUGAUUCUUGAUGAUAUUUUCACAGGUCUGGAUGAGAAGACCGGCCAACAUACCUGCUGGAGAGUUUUCGGCCCUGAAGGCUUGCUACGCUCUCGGCGAACAUCUGUCGUGCUCUGCACCCAAGCUACACAGUUCAUGUUCGUUGCUGACCAGAUGGUCGAGCUUUCAUCUGACGGCACUGUAUCGAAACAAGGCGUUGCGGAGAAUUUCAUCACAGAAACUGCCUACCCGCAAAACUACGAAGUGCUGCCUCUAGGACAGAAGAAAGAAGAUACAGAUGACGUUCUACAAGGAUCUCCUUUGGAAGAAGAUCCCACAAGGACAAAGGAUAGACCUGCGGUGAACGUGACGGCGAAGCCGGCGUCUAGAACAGACACUUCGUUAUAUCUCCACUACACGUCAUCGAUAGGUUGGCCUCUUGUCAUAUUUUUCUUGAUUGUCACUGCCAGUACAGGAUUCUUUUUCAACUUUCCGGCAACUUGGCUCAAAAUAUGGUCUGUAGACAGCGUCAAAGACAUUCCGAACCAUUCCUUUGCAUUCUACAUCGAUAUUUUCGUCCUAGUCGCGGUCCUGGGCGUACUCGCCGUCUUUGCAAUGGGAUUGAUUAAUCUGCAAACAUUUGUCCGUUUGUCUGGAACCCAUCUUCACGAGCAGGUCCUUCAGACGGCAAUGCACUCCAGCCUUCGCUUCCUGACCACCACAGAUACGGGGAAAAUCCUGAACUUGUUCUCUCAGGAUAUGACGAUUAUCGAUUCUCAGCUGCCACGAAUGGUCAACAACUUUUUGAAUACUUUGGCUUCCUCCCUUGGUCAGGCAAUCAUUGUGGCGUUGUCCUCCGGGUACCUGGCUAUUAGCUAUCCGUUUUUCAUUCUGAUUCUUUGGUCUACAGAGGGUGUAUUUGCCUACUUCUAA